UAGCGUUUCACUCCUUUUUAAAAAAUAAUUUCUACUUCGUUUGCGAUGUUGUCUAACAGGAUUUGGAUGUUAAUCAACAAAACAAUAACCUGUUCUAUACCAACUUUUCACAUUAUGGAAUAGUUUUCUUGUCACUUAAAUAGGUCCGAUCGAAGUUUUCACUUCCAUCGACAUACAUUUAAAUUCGUCUCAGUCGUUCAGUAUACAUCGUGCUGUGCCAGGUAGCAAGUCGUAAUAAACGUCUUCCAUCGUUGGAUUCCUAAAAACAAAAUCGUAAAACAGUAAUUAGUUAACAAAACAUCCAGAAAAAUGCGUAUCCUGUACAUAUCAGGAUGCUUUUGGCUUCUGCUGUCAGUAUUCUCUUAUGCUGAUGCAUACAACAUUCUAAUCCUGACACCCGUCACCUCGCCGAGUCAUAGUAUUGUGUUUAAACCCUUGGUGGAAGGAUUGGCAGAACGCGGGCAUUUCGUUACUUACUGGAAUGGAUUGCAACCAAGUAGAUCAAGUUUCUCAAACAGUACGGACAACUUACGUCUUCUGAAGUCUCCGAAUCUCGUGAAAAUCAACAGGCAACACAAUGUUAGUUUCCGCGAUCAUGAUAGCCCGUUCACUAUGCUUUUUCGAUUGGUCCCAACCCUGAUGAACUAUUGCAGGGUCAUCUAUGAAGAUCCUGUUUUUCACCAGCUGAUGAAUUCGAAGGAGCGAUACGACCUGAUUAUCGUCGACGGAUUUGCCAAUGAUUGCACUUUAUACUUGGCCGAAGUCCUUGACGUCCCUUUCGUCUAUUUGAGCUGUUUGGCACCUCCACCGUGGCUAUUGUACGAAAUCGGCUCGCCAUUGGCUCUAGAACAAUUUCCAAAUCCUAUAGGACAUCGAGAUAGGAUGAAUCUUUGGCAGCGAAUGUUUAACAGCGUGACGGGUGUAGGUAUUAUUUACUUUCACCGGUGGAUUAUUUUGCCCCUCACCGAACGUGUGGCAGCCCAAACGCUGGGGAUCAACAAUUUAACGUCUAUCGUGGACAUCAAAAACCGUUAUUUGAGUUUACUAUUAGUCAACAGUCACUUCAGUUUCAAUUAUCACCUGCCAACUGCUUCGGCUGUCGUAGAAGUCGGUGGAAUUCACAUGACUGGAAAACGUGAUACAAUAAAAUUAUCAAAAGAUUUAGCUUCUUUUCUCGAUAAUUCGGGUGACGCUGGAUUCAUUAUCGUCAGCUUUGGUUCCAUGUUGAGAGGCGACGAACUUCCAAAAGAUAUCCGACGAAUUUUCAUGUCAACUUUCGCCCGGCUGCAGCAACGCGUCGUCUGGAAAUGGGAAAACGAAAGCAGAUUCGAUGAAGAAGGGGAACUGAUCCCAAAUAAUAUUAAAACAAUUUCUUGGUUACCACAACGAGAAUUGCUCAGACACCCAAAAGUUCGGCUAUUAAUUUCACACGGUGGUCUGUUGAGUCAGUUUGAAACUAUUUAUGACGGCAUUCCGUCCAUUUGUUUGCCCGUCUGGGGUGAUCAUCCGAUCAACGCCCAAAAAUCCGAAGACGACGGCUAUGCUAUCCGUAUAAACUGGAACGACUUAACCGAAGAAAAGCUUUACAACGCCAUCCAGCUCUUGCUUACCAAUCCGAGGUAUAGCCAAAGAGUGAAAAAAGUUUCCGCACUAAUGCACGACCAGAUAAACAAUCCAUUGGAUCGAGCCAUUUACUGGGUCGAAUACGUCAUCCGCCAUCAAGGAGCACCGCAUUUACGUAACGCUUCGCGCGAUCUCUCUUUUCCACAACGAGCCCUUCUCGAUGUUAUACUAAUUUUGGCGACUGCGAUUUCUUUCGUUGCCUUUCUCACCGUUCGUGUAGGUUGUUUCUGCUAUUCUAAAUACGGCAGGAAAGAUGUUCUUAUUGGAACAAAUAAGAAAGUGAAUUAAGCAAAUUUUUCUACGCUGCUAAUUUUUAAUUCAAAAAAAUUUAACUUUUGCCAUAGUGAUAAAAUACUUACUGUGCACUAAAUAGUUUUUAAAAAGAACAAGUACAAUAGCAAACGGCUGUUUUCUAUGCAAAACAUCGAAUUUAGUUAGUAGAAUCACAUAUCCAAAAGUAGUCCGUUUCAAUACAGUCUAUGUGUGUAAACGUCUUGGUCAGAUGACCGACUUAUUACCAAACCGGAAUUUUCACUAGAUUCCCAGUAACCGGUAACCGGUAACCGGUUCUGUCGCUGUAUUAUGUCCUCAGAAUACAUUUUCCGUAUUUGCUCUUCUGUUCCAA